UGCGCAGAGGUGAUGGCCGUGUGAUGAUGAGAGUGAGCUCUGUACGGUCGGUAACGGUGUCGUGUGCAGGGGGGGUGGCUUCCGGCUGCAAUAAGACCACUCAGCGAAUACUGAAGAGCUGUGUUUGUGUUGUGACCUCUGUCUGCUCCGUGGCCAGCGAUGCAGAGACGAUCUCUGAAGAUCCGAGAAAAGGAGGGGGAGGAGGAGGAGAUGAAGAAGCCCAGCUCUCAUCGAUCUGCCAAGGUGUUUGAUGAUGGAACCAACACCUUUUUCUGGCAGGCGCACACUGUGCUGGCAGGGCUGGUGAUAGUGUGUGUCCUCUGCUACGUAACUCUCACUGAGGGAGCUUUCAUGGGAAACACUCAGGAGAACAUCCGCAGGGGUGUGGUUGCCGUAGUGAUAGUUUUCAUAUUGAUAGGAGUGAUUCACAUGCCAGACGGCCCAUUCCUCAGACCACACCCAGUGGUGUGGCGGCUGGCUCUAGUGGUGAACAUUCUCUAUGUUCUACUUCUCAUCUUCACCCUCUUCCAGUCAGUAGAUGAUGCGCGGCAGUUCUUGAGUGUGUUAGACCCAAGUCUUGGACAACCUCUGCCAGAGAAGGAUUAUGGCGGAGACUGUGCUAUAUACACCCCAGACAAUGAAAAUGGGUCGUUUGCCAACCUUGUGGACAAGAUGGACGUGUUUGUACCUUGUCACUUCUUUGGCUGGUGGGUCAAGGCCCUAAUACUUAGAGAUGUCUUUCUGCUAAGCAUCGUCAGUGUUGGUUUUGAACUGUUGGAGUACACUCUGGAGUUACAACUGCCAAACUUUGGGGAGUGCUGGUGGGACCACUGGAUCAUGGACUUUCUGGUGUGCAACGGUCUGGGGAUAUGGCUGGGCGUCAAGACCUGCGAGUAUCUGGAGAUUAAGAACUACCACUGGAGAGGUCUUUACAAAGCACCCACCUUCAAAGGUAAGCUGAGAAGAGCAGUGACCCAGUUCACACCAUACUCUUGGACAUCCUACCGCUGGGGUUACACCCAGAGCCUCUCUCGAUUCAUCUUUGUCUUUGCCAUUGUGAUAUCUUGGUUGGUGCAGGAACUGAACACGUUUUAUCUAAAGGCGAUUCUGUGGAUUCCUCCCAACCACAUCUUCAACUUCUACCGAGUUUUGGUCUAUGCCUUCAGUGGAUCCUGUGCCAUGAAGGAAAUGUAUGACUACCUCUCCACAAGUGACAAGAACGCAAGGAUUGGGAGGUUCUCAUGGCUAUGUUUUGCAGCCAUUAUCUGUGAGGUGAUGAUUGAAAUCAAGUUUGGAUGGUACAUCCUAACCAUACCUGUGCCUCGUGCCGCCAUUAUCUUCUGGACUUCUCUCUUUUUGCUUGUCUUUGUUUGGGCUUUCUGGAAAUUCACGGUUCCAUUCAGAGAUAUGCCAGUGAUUGGAGGACCCUACAGGAACCUCACUGGAUUCAUUACAGGAAGAGAUGAUAGGACUAAAUCUAUGUAGACAUGUAUAAUACUCUUUAUCCUCUCAAGAAUUAUGUAAUGUUAUCAUUAAACGUGCACCUCUGUGUGUGCAUGCAGCAUGGAAAGGGGGAGGGGCUCCUUGCAUACGACCAAUCAGAUUGCUGCACAUCAGCCAGCUACAACGUGGCAUGCAAAGAUAACAAAGACUCAUUGUGAGUGUGGCUUGCCAAGUUUAUCUGCUGGCUUUCUAUUUGAGGGGAGAGGGAAGUUGGCUAGUCGUUGGUCGAGUCUGUUGCAGUGAAUUGGUUGAAAGAUGAGUCGGUGUCUCGUUGGACUAGUACUAGCCGUGUUCUGCGCCGUGGCAGCUGCGGGCCCCAAACCGCCAACUGCGGAGCACCCCGAGUCGGUGGCCGAGCACGUGGUGGGGGUUCACUCACCGGAGUACGAUCACGAGGCAUUCCUGGGUAAGGCUGAGGCGGAGAGGUUCGACCAACUUCCUCCAGCGGAGGCCAGAAGAAGACUGGGGAUAAUCGUGGACAAGAUAGACGUGAACAAGGACGGCUACGUGACGGAGAAGGAGUUGGAGGAGUGGGUGAGGCACGUGGCCAACAGGUACAUCAUGGAUGAUGUCAUGCGUCAAUGGGAGCAUUACGAUGCUGACAAAGACGACUACGUGACUUGGGAUGAGUUCAAAGCAGCCACGUUUGGAGACCAUCCUGACGACAGUGAGGUCUACGACAGCCACAGGAAGCUGACGUACAAGGAUAUGAUGAAGAGAGACGCUCUGAGGUUUGCAGCUGCUGAUCUGGACGGUGAUAAGAGGUUGACUAAAAAUGAGCUGGCAGACUUCCUUCACCCUGAGGAUGCUCCUCACAUGCAAGAGAUAGUGCUGGACGAGACAAUGGACGACAUGGACAAGAACAAGGAUGGUUUUGUGACAGAGCAGGAGUAUGUAGAGGACAUUUGGCCUCAAUAUGAGAGAGAGGCAGAAGGACAAGAGCCUGAGUGGCUGCAAAGUGAGAGACAACACUUCGUCAAUGACAGGUGUGUGUGUCCACCGACACUCUCUCUCUCCCUCACUCAUCCCACACCUCCCACUCCAGAGACAAGGACGGAGAUGGUCGUCUGAACAAGCAGGAGCUACGAGAGUGGAUAAUGCCAGAGAACUAUGACCAUGCCAAGGCUGAGGCCACUCACCUCAUCUAUGAGUCUGAUGUUGACAGUGACGAGCGACUAACUAAAGAGGAGAUCCUCCAACAUCAAGAUGUGUUUGUUGGGAGCCAAGCGACUGACUUUGGCGAUUACUUAGUCAGGCAUGAUGAAUUCUGAUUUUCCUUCUCUAGCUAUUGACAUAGUCACUUUCCUGGAUUCAGUUUCUGUUGUUUUUGAUUUAACAACAUGUGUUAUGUAAGUAUGACAUGCUGCUGCUUUUGGCUGUUAAUAUUAUACAAACACCAUUUGGUCUCUUCCGGACUUUAUAUAUGAGCUGAAUUUAGAGGAACAAAACAAUGGGGGGAACA